UAAAAAUCUGCAGAUACCAAAAUUAGAAAAUCACAUAUACCUUUUCAAAGACGAAGAACAAACAGAAGAUCGGGAUUUCGAUUGAUUCAAUUUCCGAUUCGAAAAAAAACGAAACGAUGAUCAAUGAUGCAGAUCUCUCCGAUCGGAUGCUCAAACCUAGCGGCGGAUCAAUCGUGAUUCGCGAUGUCUGGGCUGAUAAUCUAGAGUCCGAGUUUGAGCUGAUCAGCGCGAUCGUCGAGGAUUAUCCAUUCAUCUCCAUGGACACGGAGUUUCCCGGUGUGAUUUUCAAGGCGGAGCCAGCCGUUCUCCGCCGUGGAAACCCUGGUUAUCUCUACAGGCUUCUCAAAUCGAACGUCGACGCUCUCAGCCUCAUCCAGGUCGGUCUCACUCUCUCCGACGCCAACGGAAACCUACCGGAUCUCGGCGGCGGGAGCGAUGGCCGUCGCUUCAUCUGGGAAUUCAAUUUCCGCGACUUCGACGUGGAGCGUGACGCACACGCGGCGGACUCGAUCGAGCUACUCCGUCGUCACGGGAUCGAUUUCGAGCGUAACCGUCGCGACGGUGUUGAGUCGGAGAGGUUCGCGGAGCUGAUGAUGUCGUCGGGGCUGAUCUGCAACGGAUCGGUGAGUUGGGUGACGUUUCACAGCGCGUACGAUUUCGGUUACCUGGUGAAGAUCCUCACGCGCCGGGAGCUUCCGAGCUCGUUGCGAGAGUUUCUCCGGCUGCUCAGAGCGUUCUUCGGGGAGCGAGUGUACGACGUGAAACACAUGAUGAGGUUCUGCGAGCAGAGAUUGUACGGUGGUUUGGACCGGUUGGCUCGGUCUCUUGAGGUUAACCGAGCGGUUGGGAAAUGUCAUCAGGCCGGUUCUGAUAGCUUGCUGACGUGGCAAGCGUUUCAGAGGAUGAGGGACUUGUACUUCGUUGAGGAUGGGCCGGAGAAACACGCCGGCGUUUUGUACGGUUUAGAGGCUUUUUGAUUAAUCAUGUCUAUUCGGAAUUUCAAUCAAUUAACUCAAUUGAUCAUUUGUAGGUUGAUGGUACCGGGAAAAGUAGAAAUCGAAAUUCAUUUUAUUCGUU